GGGCGGCGGCGCGGUUUCCCUCCGUCUGGCGGGGCGUCUCGGAGCGCACACCGGAAGGCGGGCGGCGAGCGGCCGGGGCCGUGCUCAUCUCCAGGAGAAGAUGUUCUUCAAAACACUUCGCAAUCACUGGAAGAAAACCACAGCUGGGCUCUGCUUGCUGACAUGGGGUGGCCAUUGGCUCUAUGGGAAACACUGCGAUAACCUGCUAAGGAGAGCUGCCUGUCAAGAAGCUCAGGUGUUUGGUAACCAACUCAUUCCUCCCAAUGCACAAGUGAAGAAAGCAACUGUUUUUCUCAAUCCUGCAGCUUGCAAAGGCAAAGCCAGGACUCUAUUUGAAAAGAAUGCUGCCCCCAUUUUACAUUUGUCUGGCAUGGAUGUGACUGUCGUUAAGACAGAUUAUGAGGGACAAGCCAAGAAGCUGCUGGAACUGAUGGAAAGCACAGAUGUGAUCAUUGUUGCUGGAGGAGAUGGGACACUCCAGGAGGUUGUUACAGGAGUUCUUCGAAGAACAGAUGAGGCUUCCUUCAGUAAGAUUCCCAUUGGAUUUAUCCCACUGGGGCAGACCAGUAGUUUGAGCCAUACCCUCUUUGCUGACAGUGGAAACAAAGUCCAACAUAUUACUGAUGCCACGCUCGCCAUUGUGAAAGGAGAGACAGUACCACUUGAUGUCUUACAAAUCAAGGGUGAAAAAGAACAGCCUGUGUUUGCGAUGACUGGCCUUCGCUGGGGGUCCUUCAGAGAUGCUGGCGUCAAAGUUAGCAAGUACUGGUAUCUUGGGCCUCUAAAAACCAAGGCAGCCCACUUUUUCAGCACUCUUCAGGAGUGGCCUCAGACUCACCAAGCCUCCAUCUCCUACACAGGACCUAAAGAGAGACCGCCCAGUGAACCAGAAGAAAUUCCUCCCCGGCCCUCUCUGUACAGGAGAAUCCUCCGCAGGCUUGCCUCCUACUGGGCACAACCACAGGAUGCCCUUUCCCCAGAGGUGAGCCCUGAGGUCUGGAACGACGUAAAGCUGUCCACCAUCGAGUUGUCCAUCACAACCCGAAACAGCCAGCCAGACCUGAUGAGCAAAGAGGACUUCAUGAACAUCUGCAUUGAACCCGACACUGUCAGCAAAGGAGACUUUAUCACCAUAGGAAGUAAAAAGGUGAGAGACCCCAAGCUUCUCGCGGAUGGCACGGAGUGCCUCCAGGCGGGCCGCUGCACCCUGCUGCUUCCGGAGGGAACGGGCGGCUCUUUCAGCAUCGACAGCGAGGAGUACGAAGCCAUGCCCGUGGAGGUGAAGCUGCUGCCCAGAAAACUGCGCUUCUUCUGCGACCCCAAGAAGCGGGAAGAAAUGCUGCAGAGCACAGCCCAGUGAGCGAGCACCGGCCCCGCCGCCCGGGCCGCCGCGGGGCCCCGGGACCAAGCACCUCCGCCCGUCCCCCCGUCCCCCCCCUACCGCGUGCGG